UUCUAUCUCUCACUGAAAUCGCGAUUUGCGACAGAGAAGAAACCAAAGGAACGUAGUAGACCUAUUCGUGAUGUUCAAGGCACUGGUCAGUAUUUGAAUACGGACAGUACUGAUAUUGAUACUCAAAGUAGCAGCUUUGUUAACCUAAAUGGAUCCGAGAGGCUUCCUGGAGCUGUUCUGCUCGCAAGGGCUAGACUUUUCGAGAGACUGAGAGGUGUUUCUUUGUCUAGUAACAGUCGAAGCAACAGAGUUUCAUUGGGAGAUGAUCAAAGGGAGUCUUCAUUUCAUUCUAUAAAUGGAGAUCCAAUUUUUCAACUAGAAGGGCUUCAAGUGACCUAUGAAUGCAACAAGAAACCACAAGGUCUUACUCAAGAUGCUAUUAACUGUUUACACCGACAAACUUUUAGCUCAGCCGAGGUUAAUACCGAGAUGAAAGAUUGUAGCAUAUGUUUAGAGAGUUUCACAAAAGGCGACAUGCUUAUAUCCUUACCAUGUACCCAUAGUUUCCAUUCUUCUUGCUUAAACCCUUGGCUUAGAGCUUGUGGAGAUUGUCCUUAUUGCCGUAGAGCCAUAGCUAAGGAAUAGAAACUUGUAAAUAGAAUCUUUGCCUAACCAUAGGCCAUAUCCACACAUAUCUUCUCUUCUUCUUUUUCUUGCUAUAGACAUCCUCAAAUCGGUCUUCGAGUUUUGUCGCCCAUGAGUGCUUUUUUUGCUGUCACAUGUUGUGUUUGUAACGGUUUUUGUUGUGCCAUUAGGUAGUUGAAGCGUUGAUAUUGUAUGGUGUGAAUCUUUUUAGUUUUCUUCACUGUGAUCCUCUUUUAAUGUCUUGUUGGUUAUAUAUGAAAGAGACUUUUUUCCUAA